GUCUUGUCUUCCAACCUCAGCCUGCAUUGAUCAUCUCUAAUCAACAAACUGGUAUAUAAACCAUCAAAUAAUCGCUGCCCCCUUCCCCUUCCCCGUACCUGGAUUUCGCUAAACCACACAGCAAUGCUAUCGCCAUACAGGCCGGGUGUGACACUCGCUAUUCGAGCCCAUACUCCCCCUCACCCAUUCGGGAGACACUACAGCAACGAAGACACUAUUCGCCAGACUAUCCCCGGUCUCAAGGCUGAAGAUCGGGUUGACCGCCUAGACUUCGCCCUCUCAAACCCUCCGCUCAAGACACCACCCCCUGCACAAGGCACAUCACAUGUUCUCACUCUCCUUAAAAAAAUGGAGCACCGACAAGAGCGAUCCAGUGGUGCGCAUGUGGUCAGUUGCGAUCUCGACUCUGACAAGUCUUGCCGCUACGUAGCCAAGAUCUACGACGGUGUUGAUUAUCCCCUCGUCGACUACAGGGGCUUCGACUACAUGUACCUGGCAGACCAAGACUACAGUUGCGAGGCUGCAGCCUACCAAAGCAUACCAGAGCACCUCCAGGGAUCCACCGUGCCUCGUUAUUUCGGCUCGUGGACCUGCUCUGUCGAAACAGGCAUUCCCGGCCGCCACCGAAGCGCGCGCCUGAUCCUCCUUGAGCAUGUCGAUGGCGAGUGCAUGCUAGACAUGAUCCUGCAUGCAAAAGGCGUGACCAGGGCUUCCGGCGAUAUUACCGCCCCUGUCAACUACCAGCUUCUGCCGCCCGAGCCAAAGCGUCUCGACGUGCUGGCUAAAAUCAUCGAGGCCGAAAUCGAGCUCUUCCAGGCGGGCAUCGUGCAUCGGGACGUUGCGCCGCGGAAUGUCAUCAUCUCAUGUUCCCCAAUGCGCAUCGCCCUUAUCGACUUCAACCUGGCGCGUGUACACAAACACUACGAAUCCGGUCGCAAAUACCUGGCGUCACGGGACCCAAUGCGUUGCCCCCAUCGCCUGUCGAGCGCUACUGGAAUAGCACGAUAUUUAUAGAUUUUGGCGAGUGGAUCCCACCGAGCUGGGUUUUGGAUCCUGAAAUGAAUGCAAGGUUGGAAUGGUUGUGGAAACGCUGGGGAGGGUCCAACAAGUUCGCGCCCCUGUCGGAGGAUUUCCUGAGUACUUACCGAGAUCAUCCCCUUGUCCAGAGACUCCAAGAGGUGUUACAGGUAGCACUGGUCCCUGAUUAGUGUGGAUAACUUGGCCCGUGCUGCACCAGAAAGCAGCCUGCCAUCCGGGCUGGCGACGCGCAACGGGCUGCGCCGCAGGUUAAAACAACCAACGUC